UCUAUAACCAUCCCCACCCACUGCAUAAGGCGACAGCAGCAGGAAAGGGUGCACAGUAUACUGUCUGUAGUAUACCGACGGUCUUUGACUCUCUCAACCUUUCUCUUCCUGAGCUGAUAUCUUCAUCACGAACAGUUGUCUUCUGCAUUGUGAGGAUGAAGACUCUUACAGUAGUGCCUCUGUGUGUUUUGGUGAUCCUCUGUCUGAGCUCGGGCUCAGAGGCGUCCAGCGCCCUCGAUCUCCUGCGCGAAACUGCUGUGAGUUGGGCGGGGGGGAGCCUGCCCUGUGGUGGAUGGGACUGUGAAUGUGCGUUCAGGAGACAGCAGGGGUGCUGUUGUGCAGCGAAGCCACUUUUUGACCUGGAGGAGGCCAUAUUCAUGCGCAUGGUCGGUUUGUGGGACGGACUUUCUCGCCUUAACAACCAAGUACAGGAAGUCACAGCUGGAUCUAGAAUAGCCUUCACUGCUACAAUGCUGCCAACGGCCAGGUGUCUCGGGCCCUUCACCAGCAACAUGUCGAUCUCUUACCAGUCCGUCUCCCUCAAUCAAGGCAGUGGAUAUAAUCCCGCAUUGGGUACAUUCACAGCCCCACACGCUGGUCUCUACUCUUUCUCCUUCACCGCUUAUUCCAGAGUGGGCGAUGCAGAUCGGCUUUACCAGAAGGUGCAGCUGCUAAUGAACGGCCAGGUGAUCGCUUCGUCCUGGGAAGACAACCGCGAGGAUUCGGAAGACUGCAGUACUCAGACUGUGCUUCUCCAGCUCCGGCGUGGCUGUCAGGUUUAUGUUGAGCUGCUCUCAGGCAGACAGCUGUGUGGAGACGCCCAGGGCAACAAUGCUUUCAGUGGAUACCUGCUUUAUCCGUCCACUGAGGAAUAAGAAAGAGAUCCUUAACUCAAGAAUUUCUUUAUUAUACAUACACUUGGAAAGUGCUUUUUUUGAAACUUAAGCGAACAGUCAAUUCAAAUCUGUUUUGUCUCUAUAGUGCUUUUCACACAACUGUUGCAAAGCAGUUGAAGUCAUGUAACAGAAGACACUUUUUGCAUUUGAAUAGAUAUUCUUCAGCUUUAGAAAUGUGUCAUUAAAUCCGUACAAAUGUGAACCUGGAAGUCUGUGUUUGAAACUUAUUACACAUAGCAUGAAAACACAGCGUAGGGCUUCAUG